AGCGGUGUGAUUAGAAUCAUAUAAAUAUCCGGCAGAACUUAGCAAGCAGCAUCAUUUCUUCUUGGGAUUCUGCAGUUAGCUGAAGAACAAAAAGCAAGCUAGCAAAAUGAAACUGUUGUUGCUCGUUGCCUUCGUCGCUUGCGUUGCCGCGGAUGUUAGCCAUCUGCCAACCAACCAGUACCUGCCACCUGGCCGUGGCGCCGCCUCCGCACCAGUUGCCUCAUAUGCUAGCUAUGAUACUGCUGCUUCGGCUCCAGUGCAGCAGUACUCUGCCCCCGUUCAGUCCUACUCGGCUGCUGCUUCGGCUCCAGUGCAGAGCUACGCUGCUCCCGUGCAAUCCUACUCGGCUCCCGCUACCUACACCGCUGCUGCUUCGGCUCCAGUGCAGAGCUACGCUGCUCCCGUCCAAUCCUACUCGGCUCCUGCUACCUACACCGCUGCUGCUUCCGCUCCAGUAGAGUCAUACAGCGCACCCGUUCAGAACUACAACGUGGCCGCCUCUGCUCCAGUCCAGAGCUACAGCGCACCAGUUGCUGCCGAUACCUACGAGACCUCUGCCUCUGAGCCAGCACCAGCCCACAGCUUCUCCCCGGCCGAAGGCUACCGUUACAAGACCCACCGUCGCGUUGUCCUCCGUCGCCAUCGUCGUGGUGUGCCCUCCAACGAUUAUCUGCCCCCAUUCCAGGGUGCUGCCUCUGCUCCAGUCAGCGAAUACCUGCCUCCCGCAGCCUCUGCUCCCGCUCCAGUCUACACUGCAGCUGCCUCUGCCCCAGUCCAGUCCUACAGCGCACCAGCUGUCGAAUCCUAUGGCGCUGACAGCUACGACACCGCUGCCUCCGAGCCCGUCGCAGCCCACACCUUCUCCUCCACUGAUGGCUACCGCUACAAGACCCACCGUCGCGUCAUCCGUCGCCGCAGAUACUAAAUGGCAAGCUAUCGAGGCUACCCAGCAAGCGACCAAGCAAAUGUUACCUCCAGCUGAAAAGUUGAUUUUAAUGAUUUGUACGGCAAUUGCCAGGGAACAGUUUUAAUAAAGAAAUACCCUUCAAAACGA